UUUGAACAAUCCCAAAGCCAAAGUAUGAAAAACGACAAAAAAUAAAAAUAAAAAUAAAAAUAAAAAUUGAAAAUUGAAAAACAAAAUUUAAAGAUUUAGAGAGAGGAACUAUCGGUUGGAGAAAGAGAGCUAGAGAACAAGAGCGAGAAGAGCCAGCCAGAGGAAGUGCUUAGGAUAGAGAAUUUUCCCAAGAAAGCUCGAGAAAUUUUAGAGGAGAAAAUUUAGAGGGAGAGAGAAAGAGAUGGCAACGCCGUUGACGGGUUUGCAACAUAGGGAUGGAGGUGGAGUGGCGGUUUUGUCAAAUUCCGUCAACAACGUUGAUUCUUCUUCUUCUUCUUCGUCGUCGUCGUCGCCGACAACGAGUGGUUGUUUGAGGAGCUCAGAGGCGGACUCUCCGAUUUUGAUUUUCUUGUUGUUUCACAAAGCUAUUCGCAAAGAGCUCGAUGCGCUUCAUCGAUUGGCUAUGGCUUUCGCCACCGGCAAACGCACUGAUAUACGACCGUUGCUUGAGCGGUACCAUUUCCUUAGAUCGAUUUACAAGCACCACUCCAAUGCCGAAGAUGAGGUAAUCUUUCCAGCUCUUGAUAUACGUGUCAAGAAUGUUGCACAAACAUACUCUCUUGAACACAAGAGUGAAAGCAAUCUUUUUGAUCAUUUGUUUGAGCUGCUAACUUGUAAUGUACAAAAUGAUGAAAGUUUCCGAAGGGAGCUAGCAUCUUGUACAGGAGCCCUACACACAUCAGUUAGCCAGCACAUGGCUAAAGAAGAGGAGCAGGUCUUUCCUCUGCUUGUUGAGAAGUUUUCACUUGAAGAGCAGGCAUCUUUACUCUGGCAGUUUCUGUGUAGCAUUCCUGUAAAUAUGAUGGCUCAGUUCCUUCCAUGGCUUUCCUCGUCUAUUUCACCUGAUGAAUACCAGGAUCUGCGGAAAUGCUUAACCAGGAUAGUUCCAGAGGAAAAGCUUCUUCAACAGGUCAUUUUCGCCUGGAUGGACCGGAGAAGCACUGAUAAGAUGAUAGAAAGUUGUCUGGAUGAUCCUCAGGGUCGCUCUUGUAGUGGUUCUGGUUCUAGCACAUUAAAUCACAGCACAGAUAAAGUAAAUUGUGCUUGUGAGGUGAGGACUGGGAAAAGAAAAUAUUUGGAGUCAGGUAUGGAUGUUUCUGAUUCCAAUGGGGGGCAUCCAAUAAAUGAAAUAUUGCUCUGGCAUAAAGCUAUCAAGAGGGAGUUGAAUGAGAUAGCCAAGGAGGCAAGGAAGAUACAAGCUUCUGGAAAUUUUACUAAUUUAUCAGCUUUUAAUGAGAGAUUGCAAUUUAUUGCCGAAGUUUGCAUCUUUCACAGUAUUGCUGAGGACAAGGUUAUAUUUCCUGCAGUAGAUGGAGAAUUUUCUUUUUUUCAGGAGCAUGCUGAAGAAGAAAGCCAAUUCAAUGAGUUUAGGUGUUUAAUUGAAAGUAUACAAGAUGCCGGAGCAAUCUCCACUUCAGCACCUGAAUUUUAUGCAAAGUUAUGCUCACAUGCUGAGCAAAUAAUGGAAACUGUACAAAGGCACUUCUCCAAUGAGGAAGUUCAGGUUCUUCCACUUGCUCGAAAGCACUUCAGCCUCAAAAGACAGCGGGAAAUUUUAUAUCAAAGUUUGUGCAUGAUGCCCUUAAAAUUAAUUGAGCGUGUCUUGCCAUGGCUAAUGGGAUCACUGACUGAAGAUGAAACCAAAAAUUUUCUUAAAAAUAUGCAAUUGGCAGCUCCCGCACAAGAUUCUGCUCUGGUAACUCUCUUAUUGGGUUGGGCUUGCAAGGCUCGUAAUAAGGGUUUAUGCUUCUCUUCAAGUGCCAUUGGUUGCUGUCCUGUUAAAAAGUUCGCAGAUAUUGAAGAAGAUUUUGUUCGGUCAAAUUGUGCUUGUGUGUCUGCAUUGUCUGCUGAAGACAGCUUGAUUUCAUCUCUAGCAAAUGAUGUUAAAAGGCCAGCUAAGCGAAACGUUACCGAGUCAUGCAAAAAUAGUGAUUCUCCUUGCUCUACAGAGACUGUAAACAACCAGAAGAAAUGUUGUAGUGAUCGGUCAUGCCCUGUCCCUGGUUUAGGAGUAAAUAGCAAUAAUCUGGGGUUAAGUUCUACUUUUGCGGCUAAGUCUUUGCGUUCCUUGUCUUUCAGCUCUUCUUGCCCAUCUCUUAACUCCAGUCUUUUUGUCUGGGAAACAGAUAAUAGUUCUUUUGAUAUUGGCCGUGGAGAACGACCUAUUGAUACAAUCUUUAAAUUUCAUAAAGCCAUACAGAAAGACCUAGAGUAUUUGGAUGUUGAAUCUGGAAAACUUAAUGACUGUGAUGAGACAUUCCUACGGCAGUUUACUGGAAGGUUUCGUCUGCUGUGGGGCUUAUAUAGAGCUCAUAGUAAUGCUGAGGAUGAUAUAGUGUUUCCUGCUUUGGAAUCCAAAGAGGCACUUCAUAAUGUGAGUCACUCAUACACACUUGACCAUAAGCAAGAGGAAAAAUUAUUUGAAGAUAUUUCCUGUGCUCUUUCUGAGCUUUCACACCUUCAUGAAAGCUUGCAGAAGGCAUACUUGAAUGGGGAUUUAAGCGAAAGUCACAUUGAAUUUUCAGCUGUCCAAAGUAACGAUUCUUUUAGGAAGUAUAAUGAGCUAUCUACUAAGCUUCAAGGAAUGUGCAAAUCUAUAAAAGUGACAUUAGAUCAGCAUAUUUUUAGGGAAGAACUUGAGCUGUGGCCAUUGUUUGGCAAGCACUUCUCUGUGGAAGAGCAAGACAAAAUAGUUGGUCGCAUAAUUGGGACUACAGGUGCUGAAGUGCUCCAGUCAAUGUUACCUUGGGUGACUUCUGCACUUACUCAGGAUGAACAGAAUAAAAUGAUGGACACCUGGAAGCAGGCAACCAAAAAUACAAUGUUCAACGAGUGGCUUAAUGAAUUCUGGAAAGGAACUUCAGAAUUAACAUCACAUGCUGAAACAUCAGAAUCUAGUCUCUCUCUAAAAGGAAUUGAAUUUCAAGAAAGCUUGGACCACAGUGAUCAGAUGUUCAAGCCUGGUUGGAAGGAUAUUUUCCGUAUGAAUCAAAAUGAGCUUGAGUCGGAGAUUAGAAAGGUUUAUCGUGACUCAACUCUUGAUCCGAGGAGGAAAGCAUAUCUUGUGCAGAAUCUUAUGACUAGCCGUUGGAUAGCCGCUCAGCAGAAAAAGUUACCUAAAGUAAUAGAUGGAGGAACUUCUAAUGGUGAAGAUGUAGAAGGGCGCGCACCAUCAUUUCGAGAUGAAGAGAAAAAAGUGUUUGGCUGUGAACACUACAAAAGAAACUGCAAACUCCGUGCUGCUUGCUGUGGAAAGCUGUUUACCUGUAGAUUUUGCCAUGACAAUGUGAGCGACCACUCAAUGGAUAGGAAGGCAACAACUGAAAUGAUGUGCAUGACAUGCCUGAACAUUCAGGCAGUUGGGCCAAUUUGCACAACACCUUCAUGCAAUGGACUUCCAAUGGCAAAAUAUUAUUGCAAUAUAUGCAAAUUUUUUGAUGAUGAAAGAACUGUUUAUCAUUGCCCAUUUUGCAAUUUAUGCCGCCUUGGGGGAGGUCUUGGCAUUGAUUAUUUUCAUUGCAUGACAUGCAAUUGUUGCCUGGGGAUGAAAUUAGUGAACCACAAAUGCCUGGAGAAGAGUUUAGAGACAAAUUGUCCCAUCUGCUGUGAUUUCUUAUUUACGUCAAGUGCAGCAGUCAGAGCUUUACCUUGUGGCCAUUACAUGCAUUCUGCUUGCUUUCAGGCAUACACUUGCAGUCACUAUACCUGUCCAAUUUGCAGCAAAUCUUUAGGAGAUAUGGCGGUGUACUUUGGCAUGCUUGAUGCACUAUUGGCAGCUGAGGAGCUCCCAGAGGAAUAUAGGAACCGUUGUCAGGAAAUUCUCUGCAAUGACUGUGAUAGGAAGGGCACAGCUCGCUUUCACUGGCUAUAUCAUAAAUGUGGGUCUUGUGGAUCGUACAACACCAGAGUGAUCAAGAGUGAGACAGUAAAUACCGAGUGUUCUACAUUGCACCAAUGACUGGUUUACUUAUACGAAAAUGUAUACAUAUAAGUUUGUAAAUACUUGUACAGGAAAUUUUUUUUUUUUUUCAAUUUUCCCCUACCAGGAAACUGGUUUUUUCUCCCUUCCUGUCCAACACCUUUUCUAUAGAAGCCCUUUGUGGAUCACCUUGUCAUGGUAUCAAGAUCUUUUUGUGUUUUGACAGAGAGCAAACAAAGCAGUUAAAAUGCGGUUUAUAUAUAGGAUGCUUGAUAUGAUACUUAGCACUUUUUCAAGGUGCAGUAAAUUUUCCAACUUAUAUGUAACUCAGUUUCUGUCCAUCUUAUAGUGUGAAUCUUUUUUUUAUUUAGUUUAUUUAUUUUAUUUUUCA